AUGACGAUUAAUCCCAAUCAAUACUUCCUACUUGCGGAUCAUAUAAAACUAUCAUUGCUGGAAAGACAACGUGCUAUCUCGUUGAAUUUGGAACCUACCUCUCAAGAUGGUCAUAUUUCACGAUCGUUAGAAUCUUUACGAGAAGGAUUAGAGAACAUUACGAAUGAAAGGAAACGAUUAGACGAAGCUGGGGAGACAUCUCAAUCCCUCACUCUCCAAGAAACCGAACACACCCUCCGAACCCAAUAUGAUGAUCUAGCAUCCCAGUUCCUCGGACAUCCCACCUCCAGCACCUCUUCCACACUCACUCAUCCUAACGACCCCUCCCUCUCUAAUGAUUUCGCCCGAGCGACCGAACGCCCACGAGUAGGAUCCUCCUCGUCCUUCCUUAAGAAAUCACUGCGCAACCCCACCGCGGCACCCUCUCCUAAAUCCGUUCGCUUCAGCGACUCCCCCUCUAUCCAAGAAGCUUCCGAUCCCUCCCGCGCAGCGCUCUUUCCCUACCGCGACGACCCUACCUCUGGCCCACCCGAUCAAAGCCAUCUUGAUAACCAACAAGUCCACGCUUACCACACUCAAGUACUGGCCCAGCAAGACGAGGCACUUGAUAGGCUCGGGGAGAGUAUUGGAAGACAGAGGGAGCUCAGUAUACAAAUAGGCGAUGAAUUAGACGAACAUGUGCAAAUGUUGGAUGAGGUUGAUAGACAUGUGGAUCGACAUCAGAGCCGACUGGACAAAGCACGAAAGAAUCUAGGCACGAUAGCGAGGAAAGCGAAAGACAAUAUGCAGCUGACGAUUAUUUUGAUCCUGAUCAUUAUACUCGUCUUAUUGAUUAUCAUAUUAAAAUAA